AGUGUGGAACCGGUCCCCAUCUGUCCCCAUCACCUCCCUGAUCCCCAUCCUCCCAAUAUCCUGCCCUCCCUGACCCCAUCCCUCCCUCACCCCACUCCCGACCCCCAUUGUCCUGCCCAGCUGCCCCGCCCCGAACCCGCUCCUGACGGCCCCGUCCCCACAGGCGGGUUCCUGAUGCACUUGGCCAGCGAGUGCCCCCUGGCAGCCGACGGCUCCGUGCUCUCAUUCAACUUCGCCUUCGUCUUCAACAAGAACCCGCUGGUGUGUUACAACGACCACGACCAACUCUUCGAGGCCUGUGACAUGGGCCUGCUCAGACACAUGGCCGUAGACAUGGCCGCCGCCCUGAACGGGGACCCCAGCUUGCGCCAGCGCAUGGCAGGGGGUCGCCAGGCCUGCCAGAGCCAGAGCCAGCACCUCUGGAGCCGCACGGGGCAAAGGAAGACGCCCCCUAGUGUCCGCAUCGUCUCCACGGCCCUCUCGAACCCCGCGGGGACCGUGCGCCUCACCUGCCACGUCUGGGGCUUCUACCCGGCGGACGUGGGGGUCACCUGGCUGCGGAACGGGAGCCCCCUGGAGCCCACCGAGGACGGCCUGAGCCCGGCGCUGGCCAACGGCGACUGGACCUACCAGACCCACGUCAGCCUGCUCACCACCCCCAAGCCCGGGGACACCUACACCUGCCAUGUGCAGCACCUCAGCCUGGCAGAGCCCCACCAGGAGGAGUGGGGGCCCGGCCUGUCCCCGGGGCUGACGGUCAAGGUCAGCGUGGCUGUCGUGGUGCUGAUCCUCGGCCUCAUCUUCCUGGGCACCGGCCUGGUGUUCUGGCGGCGGGCGCCAGCCCCGGGUUAUUCUCCCCUCGCAGGGCACAACUAUGCUGGAGGCAGCACCUAACGCCCCUGGGCACCGAGACCCCUGGCUCCAGUCCCCCCACCCCAGCAGAGGAUCCCGGCUCGUCCUGUCUGUCGCCCCUAGCUUAGCCAGUCCCUCCCCACGGAGUUGGGAUCCGUGGGACAGAGACGGGACAUGUCUCCCUGCCAGCUGGGCACCGCAGCGAGGACGGCUCAGACCAGAUCCCCCAUGGAGCCCGUACGGACCAGCACCUCCUGCACCCCUCCCCACACUGGGGCUGUAUAUACUGGGGCCUAUAGAUGGCUAUAGAGUCCUCCCCUUCCCAACUCCAAGCGCCUGAUGCAAGUAGGAUAAAAUAACGAUAUAAUGACCAGAUUGCUGGCCUCAAGCCCCAAAUUAGAGCCGGCUACCCUAUAUAGACCGGCGGGCCAAUACAGAGCUAUAAUGACCUGAAUACAGAUCCCCUACACACACACAUCCUCAACUUCUCCCCAACUCAGAGCCCCGGAGCCCAUACAGACUGCCCCCCCACACUUGUAUACUGGGGCUAUAGAUGGAUAUAGGGAUCAGCCCCCCUCCA